UUAUACUCGCUGCCUCUCGCGGAAAGUUGUUAGAGCGGUAUGUUACUGCUGCUGCGGGCACGGCCGCGUUAAACCUGGAGUUUAGCCCAAACAAGCCUUGAAGAUGUACUAUGACGUCUUUCCGAACGAAAUAAAUAAGAAAUAUUACGGUGUCUGACUCUAUGCGCUCCCUACUCAUGUACUUCAUCCUAAAUGCUGGUCCAGGAGGUGCACACCACAGCAUGUUAUUGUGAGGAGAGAACACAUUAGGGCAGGAUGCAGUCUUCAAACCACCGACUGCGAGAAAUGGAGCAGCACCACCCGCUGCUGUCGGCGGGUGCCGGUGUCGAGACAGGAAGCCUGGCAGCCGGCGUGAUGGUUGGAGGAGCUGGCCACGCAGGGGGGAACCGCACCAUGUGGUUCAUUCAGGACAGCUGCGGGAUGGUGUGUGCAGGCAUCACCUGGUUCCUGGUGCUGUACGCUAAUUUCGUGGUGAACUUUGUCAUGCUGCUGCCCAGCAAGAACUUCUGGUACUCGCUGCUGAACGGGGCCACGUUCAACUCCCUGGCUGUGCUCGCUUUGGCCUCACACGUGCGCACCAUGAUGACCGACCCGGGUGCGGUUCCUAAGGGCAACGCGACCAAGGAGUACAUGGACAGCCUACAGCUGAAGCCUGGUGAGGUCAUCUACAAGUGCCCAAAGUGCUGCAGCAUCAAGCCUGAGAGGGCACACCACUGCAGUAUUUGUAAAAGAUGUAUCCGGAAGAUGGACCACCACUGCCCCUGGGUCAAUAACUGUGUGGGAGAAAAGAAUCAGAGGUUCUUUGUUCUUUUCACUAUGUACAUAUCUUUGAUUUCUGCCCACGCCCUGGGCCUCAGUGGCAUGCACUUCUUUACCUGUAUUAAGGUCCAGUGGAACGAGUGCAGCAACUUCUCUCCAGGGGUGUCCGUGCUGCUGCUGAUCUUCCUCUGUCUUGAGGCCAUCCUCUUCCUCACUUUCACUGCUGUUAUGUUUGGUACGCAGAUCCACUCCAUCUGCAAUGACGAGACGGCCUCUAAUGUCUUGCAGGAGAUCGAACGUCUUAAAAAUGAGAAGCCCACAUGGGAGCGUCGCAUGAGAUGGGAUGGAAUGAGAGCUGUAUUUGGAGGCUCGCCCUCCCUGCUUUGGUGCAAUCCGUUCACAGGCCUCCGUCUGCGGCGCCUGCUGCUGUUGACCCAUGGUCGCCGCGGCGGGUCUGAGUUCUCCGUUUGAGAGCCGGGCGGGGGGGACUCAGAUCACCAACACUUGAGCGCGUGUGAAUAUAUCCUUCUUGAAAGGGGCGAGGAUGGACCUCUGCUCCGAGAGGCGGUGCUCUCAGUGUGGGUGAUGGAGGCGGGGGG